GCGGCGUCAUCGUCUCGGCGGCCGUGGCGGCGACGGCUACAUCGCGUAAGGUACUCACAGGGGCGGCCCGUAUCCCUCCGCCGCCGGCGCGGCCCAGCCCUCCCUUCCCGGCCCGCCAAUCCCCGCUCUCCCAACCUGCCCCUCGGCCUGGGCCCACCCCGCGCUCCGCCUGCCCCACCCCGGCGGCGCCGCCCGCCCGCGCGUCCCUCGGUCCACCUGCAGCAAGCAGUACCUCCGACCGUCCGACCCAGAGGCGCCGGCCGAGCCCGAGGCCUGGGCUUCUGCUCCCUGGCGGAGGGAUCCGCGGCGGCUGAGGAGGCGGCGCUGAGCCUAGAAGGAAGAGGCAGCUACCGCGGUGGCGGCGGCGGCGGCUCGGACGGCAGUGCAUAAAGGGGCCGCCGCCGGGUGAUGCGGUGACCCCUGCGGCAGGCUCAGGAGCCGAGUGGGCCACGGCCCCAAGUCCGUCCCGCCGGACCCGCGCUCCGGAACUCCCCAUCUUCUCCGGCCGACCCGCGAUCACCGAGGCGGCCUCGCGCCCCCUCGUCCCUUCCCCGUCCCUCCCCUGCCCCUGUUCCCGCCCCGGGGGCCGCCUCCACCUGCCUCCCACGAUGGCUCUGAAGAGAAUCCACAAGGAAUUGAACGACCUGGCGCGGGACCCCCCAGCACAGUGUUCAGCAGGUCCCGUUGGAGAUGAUAUGUUCCAUUGGCAAGCUACAAUAAUGGGGCCAAAUGACAGUCCCUAUCAGGGUGGAGUAUUUUUCUUGACAAUUCAUUUCCCAACAGAUUACCCCUUCAAACCACCUAAGGUUGCAUUUACAACAAGAAUUUAUCAUCCAAAUAUUAACAGUAAUGGCAGCAUUUGUCUUGAUAUUCUACGGUCACAGUGGUCUCCAGCACUAACUAUUUCAAAAGUACUUUUGUCCAUCUGUUCUCUGUUGUGUGAUCCCAAUCCAGAUGAUCCUUUAGUGCCUGAGAUUGCUCGGAUCUACAAAACAGAUAGAGAAAAGUACAACAGAAUAGCUCGGGAAUGGACUCAGAAGUAUGCGAUGUAAUUAAAGAAAUUAUUGGAUAACCUCUACAAAUAAAGAUAGGGGAACUCUGAAAGAGAAAGUCCUUUUGAUUUCCAUUUGACUGCUUUCUAUGAGCCCACGCCUCAUCUUCCCCUGUGCACAUGUUUACCUGAUACAGCAGUGCUGCGUGUUGUACAUACUUGGAACAACAAACUAGAAAUACUGUACUUCUGUACCAACAUUGCCUCCUAGCAGAGAAGUGUGUGUGUGACAAGCCAGUUCUCCAGGCAUAACCUAGGUGUGAGACUAAAAGCUUUCCUUAUUGACUUAAAUUUGGAUAACGGCAGAGUGAGGGGUGGUGGGUAUGGUGUGUGCUUGGAUGGGGAAGAAAAGCUCCACUGACCUGUAGGAGAUUGUUUUUUAAGUGAAAUCCCAUUAAACUCAAAACAGUUAUGAAAAGCAAGGCGAAGAACAUGAAGCUGUUUCUGUAUUCGUUUUAUUCCGAAGGACUUAACGUCUUAGGUGAAAGUUAUGACCAAUCAGAUUAAACUCUACCUACAUCCUGUAUUUUAAGGUCUAAGUUUAACUGGUCAACAUUUAAAUGGAUUGGAGCUAUUAGUAAGUAAAGUGUGAUGGGCUUUGUUUCCAACUCUUUUACAUCUCCCCACCCUUCAACCUUCGUCCUUCAGCCCCUCUUUCUCUCUUCCAUAUUCUUUGGUUUGUAUGUGGUUUCUCAGUUAAUACAUAGCUAAUAGCUCUUAUUUUUCUUAUGUUUUUAACUGCUUAGGUCUAUCUGGAUGUAAGGGUGAAAAUUCAUUCGAUGGAAAUACUUGUGUAUAUUUAAAGACCCAAUUGCUCCUCUGGAGCCUGUACGUUCAAGAAUGAUUAAUCUGUGUAAUAAACUGAUUACUACAGUCAUUACAUAUAA